AAACUACUGCUCCUACUGCUAGGCGAUGGCUCUCUCAUGUCGGACCAAGAAACCUACCAUGUCGCAUUUUGGGGUUAAUUGCGGAGCAAAUUAUCCGAAGUUUAAAAGUUCACUUGACAAGGACACAGGAGUGGUCCGGGUCUCGAUCCCCAACCCUGUGAGACCUGAAUCCCAGGAGGACUUCCUGGUGUGUCCGAAGACCUGGGACAUGGCGGCCGCCAACGUGGUCUGCAAGAGGCACGGGAACCCACUAGGUGCAGAGGCUGCUGAUUCGGUGUCUUUCAGUAACCUGACAACCAGCCGUGACAACAAGCCGUUACCGAGCAGCUGCGUCAGCAUCUAUUGCCAAGGUUACGAGACUUCGCUCGCUGAGUGUGAAAUCUCCAACAAGGAGACGAACAUGACGAGCGUCGCCACGGCAACCUGUUAUAAACAACCAACAGGUCAGUAUGUACUGUAG